CCCGGUGACUCAGGCGCAAAACUAGUCUGAAUGUUGGGCAAACAUGCAUUUGGAAGGAAGGAAGGAGACGGGUGGAAGGAAGCAAUGAAGAGCUCCUUCCCUCUCCUCCUCUUGUUCUCCUUCAUCUCUCUCUUCACUCUUCUCAUCGUCCUCUCCAAAACCACGCCCUACCCUCUUUCUUUGUCCUCUUCAUCUACCCCAAGCUCUAGCAACCAAAUCCGCCCUCGCCUCAAAAUCUAUGUUGCCGACCUUCCCAGAUCCCUCAACUACGGCCUUCUCGAACAGUACUGGUCCCUCUCAAUGCCAGACUCCCGGAUCAACGCCGACCCUGAUGCAGAACUACGCGCUUCUCUCGUCGCCUCUCGCCGCAAUGGCCCACUGCCCUAUCCGGAGAACCCGCUGAUCAAGCAGUACAGCGCGGAGUAUUGGCUGCUCGGCGAUCUCGAGACGCCGGCUAGAUCGAGGGCGGUUUCAUCAGUUGUCGAGCGGGUGUACGAUUGGAGAAAUGCUGAUGUGGUAUUCGUGCCUUUCUUCGCGACGCUGAGUGCGGAGAUGGAGCUCGGGUGGGGGAGGAAGGGCGGAUUUCUCAAGAAGGAAGGGAAUGGGGAUUAUAAGAGGCAGAGGGAUGUUGUCGAUCGGAUUAGGAGCUCUGAUGCAUGGAAAAGAUCCGGUGGUCGGGAUCACGUGUUCGUUCUCACAGACCCAGUGGCAAUGUGGCAUGUUAGAGCAGAGAUUUCUCCAGCUGUGCUUCUAACUGUUGAUUUUGGUGGCUGGUACAAGCUCGAUGCGAAGAACUCACAGAGUAACACUUCGCAUAUGAUACAGCACACCCAAGUGUCAUUGCUCAAGGAUGUAAUUGUUCCUUACGCUCAUCUCCUCCCGAGAUUGCACUCCCUUGAAGAUCAACCUCGUAGUAUUCUUCUUUAUUUUAAAGGGGCCAAGCACAGGCAUCGGGGUGGAUUGGUUCGUGAGAAAUUAUGGGAUGUUCUGCUUAAUGAGCGUGAUGUAGUUAUGGAGGAAGGUUUUCCAAAUGCCACAGGCCGGGAACAAUCAAUAAAAGGAAUGCGGAGCUCAGAGUUCUGUUUACAUCCAGCAGGAGACACGCCAACCUCUUGUCGUCUUUUCGAUGCUAUUUUAAGCCUCUGUAUACCGGUUAUUGUUAGUGACAAUAUUGAGCUCCCGUUUGAAGGAAUGGUGGAUUACUCUAAUUUUGCAAUUUUUGUUUCAGUUAAUAAUGCUUUGCAGCCUGGUUGGCUAGCUGGUUAUUUAAGGAACUUUUCGAAAUAUCAAAAGGAUGGUUUUCGAAGGAACAUUUCUAGUGUGCAACAUAUCUUUGAGUAUGAUAAUGGUAGUCCUGGUGGUAUUGGACCCGUUUCUUCAGAUGGUGCUGUUAACAAUAUAUGGAGGAAGGUCUAUCAGAAGCUGCCAAUGAUCAAAGAAGCAAUAAUACGUGAAAAGAGGAAACCUGAUGGUGUAUCAAUUCCUCUUCGAUGUCAUUGUAUGUAACUGAUUUGCUUCUUGGAACCAGAAGACACUUUUUGAGUAGGUGCAAACUCCAAAGACAAGAGAAGUAAAAAAAAAAGUGCAGAAAAUUUUAUUCCCUUCCCAUGAUUACCGCAGUCUUGGGCUAUUUAAAGCCUUUCAUGAACAGGUUUAAUCGGUUCAAUUUCAGGUUUAGACCUGCUGGGGCAUUACACGUUUAAAAUUAAUAAAAUCAAGCUGAUUCGACCUGGUUCAAGCUCUCUGUUUGAUUAAAAACUGCAGGAUCAGUUUAAUGUUUUUGUGGACCGGCGGCUUUCUGAAAUUCUGGACUGCAGGUUGCUAUGUUCUGCUGAACCGGCAGUGAAUGUGCUGCUGUCUGAUUGAUUUCGGCUGGCUGCUUUGCAGGUUGUCUAGUUAUUUCUAUUCAGUGCAAUCUUGAUAUUGAAAUGUGAAAAUUAUUGUUUCCUGCUAUUUCUUAAUGCACCUUUACAUAUUUAAUAAUUUUCUAAAGAUUAUGCAGAUAAUUGUUCAAAAUUUGAAUGGCAAAACGAGUUUCAGAUUUAAGUA